AUGACGGCUCAGCUCUUGCCGUCCGUCAUAACGAGUCCUUUCAGCAGACAUCUCGAUAACAGAGCGAACAUCUUUUGUGGCUCGCGGGCAGCAUAUCCUGCCCGCCCACGGAUCUCCUCGACUUCACUGAAACCGUUUUGCGUCAACCAGAAUUUGAGGAAUUCCUCAGCGCCGGUUCAAUCUGUUUCAUCAGCUCCUGCGCAAGUAAUAAAACCAGAUCGAAAUCUGCGGUACUGCGAGAAUCUCGGUCCGACAUUAUCUGAUCGAAUCCAGGGACCUUCGUCGAGUAACAGCCUCAGAAUACACUCGGAAUACCACGAAUCAUUGUCACUGGCCGAAGACCUAAGAUCGCCAUUAUUUCAGCCAACCCCUCCAGACGUGUGCAUCAGCACCGGAUCUGCCCAUAGGUAUCUUGCUAGUCCAAGUCAGGCUCGCGAACCGCUGGCAGAGGUACGCAAUGAGGAGAAGCGCCCACAAAACUUGCAGCAUGCUACCGGCUCAAAGGGUCGAGGACACCACAGACUUCGCACGUCGCUGUCCACGGAAGUAUGUUGGGUUGAACAGGAAAAAUGUGAGGAUCAGACUACACUCCCAACCGAAGACACUCGAGACUUGUUCAGUGCUGUGGACGAGCCUCUCCAAUCCCUCCUCGAGACAUCAUUCCUGGCAGAUACCUCGGAAGACAUGCCGAAGCUAGGGCAGCACUCGAGCCUGCACCGAAAGAGAAAUUCAACUGCUUCGUCCGGCUUCGUCCACACCAUGAAAACAGCGAGUCUCAGCAACGCAAGCUUCAGCCUUGUUCCUCGGUCACUUCGUAUCGGCCGUUCAACAGACAGUUAUUAUGUCUUUGGCUCAAGUGCGAGACCUUCGGUGGAAAGCGAACGACCGCAGACAUCAACAUCUGUGGACGAGGCUGCCUUUCGAAGAGCGAUUAAAAGGAGACAAAUUCUUGUUGAGCUGGUCACCACUGAAGAGAGCUAUGUUGCCGAUCUAAAGGCUCUAAUGUACCUAUAUUCAACUCUUCUGGCAACUAGCAUGACGGUUACAGACCGGGUCAGAUCAUCUAUCCUAAGAAAUGUCCAUGAUCUUCUCUCCGUGCACGAGAGACUCCUGGAGCGGCUGCACCAGGCUACCUACGAGGCGGCAGCACGAAAGUGGGAAGACACGACCUCUCCCCGACGUCUCGGAUCACCACCUUAUCACAAGCGCUGGAGGAGCCUGGAGUCCAGUGUUGCAGCCAAGAUCGGGCGCAGCCAUCGUCGAACGCGCAGCUCGAUGGACUCGGUCGAACUGUCACGCGGUCGGGGUCCCUUGGGUGGAACAGAACCCAGGGAUGUUGCUGACGUAGCAGCGAUUUUUCGGGAUUUCUUGGGUGACUUUCUGGUAUACGAGGAAUACUGUGCCAAUCACAGCCUCAUCGCCCACGAGUUGCAACGCCAUUCUCCCACACUUUGGUCAACUUAUGAGUCAGGAAUUGAAUCACUGGCCAGGUCCAUUACUGCUCUCAAUCAAAAAUACCAAAGCGAAAGAAAAGGCCUCACGGUUAGUGAUCUUCUGAUCAAACCGAUACAGCGCAUGACAAAAUACCCUCUCCUGUUUGGCGAUCUUUUAAAGCAAACACCCGUGGCGGACUGCCCAAGUGCACAUUCCGAGGUUGAAGCAGUCUUGACGUGCUUGAGAGAAGUUGUUCAAACUGUCAAUAGAGCCACGGAUAACUACGAAACUCGAACUCAGAUUCAACGACGAUGGUCACUUCAGACAAGGCUGAUCUGCGAUCACGUAUCUCUAGGGGCCGAACAAUUUCGAAUGCUGGGGAAUAUCCAAUUGAGUGGUGUUCUGCAUGUGGUCUGGCAGGCUAGGAAUAACAGAGUCGACGGUCGUUACGCGCUCUGCUUGUUGUUUGACACCAGUCUCAUCAUCGCGUUGCCUGCAGGAGCCACGACGAAAUUUGAAGUGAUUGCUUUCUUGCAUCUGCGAGACACGAGGAUUGAAUCGGCCAGUGACGGGCGAGGUCUUCAAUGCCACUCGACCCUUUACACGUGGAAACUAUGUUUCGAGAUUGGCGGUCACCUACAUGAAUUCAUACUGAGUGCCUGCUCUUCCAUCGAGGAAGGUGUUUGGAGAGGGGGCCUACAAAACAAGGUUGCUCCAGGAAGGGGGAUGGAUGAAGUGUUGAACCAGAUUCCCUCGAGCAUCAGUCUCAGCCUCAGAUCUCUCGGGCAGGUCUACAUCCAGCAGAGUUCGACCUUGUCCAGGAACCCUUCAGUACAAAGAGCGGCCACAGUAGGAAACCGGGCCAAUAUUUGCCAAGUUAUCAUUCGAAACACAAACAACCCACAGGACUUGCACGAAUUUCGUCAACCAUCGUCUUCAGCCAUCAACAGAUCUCAGUCACAUAUGACGUCCAACAGGGUGGUUGUCCUAGCACCAAAACGGUCGGAGCGGGCAAGGCUCGAAUCAACCUUGAGUGAUGUUUGGACAAAGGAGAAAUUGCCGUACCCAGGUAUGAUUGGCUCUCGGGGGGGUCAAAUCAUAAGAGCGUCGGCUGGUUCGUUGGUCCGAAAGUUGAGUCUGGCUUCCAUUCAUGCUCCGUUUUCGAGGCGGCCUGGAAGCUUGUCACUUACCAGCCGCAAGUCGUUCGACCUGUCAAACGAGAGCCGACGGAGCAGAAUGAAGUAUCCGGCACAUGUCUUUGAAGUUCGCAAAGAAAGCUUUGACGAGGUGACACCAGCGAGAACGAAGUCGCGUGAGAUACCAGAGGUUGACACGAUGGAGAAUGUAGUCAGUCGCAUGAUAGGGAGCAGUGUUACCAGAAAGCUGUCUAUAUCCCCGGGACAACAUGGCCUGGCAAAGGGAACAAGGGGACAAAAGGUUGUCCAGGAUCCGGGAGGGCCGGAGGUAGGGCCAGAGGAUCCAGCGGAGAUAUAUUAUGCUGAGGUCAAGGAGAUUGAAGAAAAGCCAGAGUUUGUGGAGGAAGGGCUCACUGGCAGGAAGAAGCGAUGGAGUAAUCCACUUGGGAUAUUGAAAGUUCUGUCGGCCGAUGGGUUUCGCCACAUGUUGUAUUCAAGUAAAUAG